AACUUGAGAGCGCUGUGUAAUGCCCAAUAGAAGCUCCAUGCGUUUUGCAUCUCAGCCCCGCCUGAUAACAGCAUUUAGUCCGAAUUUUCUGUAGUCUGAGUUUUGCUGUGUUUUAGCAGGAAUUGAGCGACAGCAAAUUGGACUUGUGAUGUCUUUUUCAUCAGACCGUGGGCUUCUGUUACUGUCAAAAGUCAAAAUCAUAACUGCGUAUAUUAAAUUUUAAACGAUGAGCCGGAAAGCAAGUAUACAUUGCGUUAAAAAUGAAGACCUUUAUCAAAAUGUCGUCAACCGUGGAGAUUUUUUGACUAGUAGAAGUAUCAGGUGGUCGAUUCUCCCGCCAUGACGUGAUUUGAGUUAAUCUUCCUACACCAAAUGGGAAAUUGAACGGCUACCGUCUGCACGUAAUCGGCUUCGGAGGAAACUGAACGAACAGAGAAGUUGGUAGUACGGGCCACGCCUAAGUAUAGGUACCGUCAUGGCUUACCGCGAUCGGUACGACGGUCGGGCGGGGCCAGGGAGUGAGAGACACGGGCAAGCCUGGGACAUCGACGGUGGUCGUUACGGUGGCGGGGAUCCUCGCCGGCACUGGCUGUACACCGACGGCGCCAUUCCAGUUGAUCCCGGCGGAGGAGUUGUUGCGCCGUCAUUUGCUUACAAGUACAAGGAAUGGCUUGACCAUGUUGACAGCCCCAGCUCAAGCAGACAGAGUGAACGGCAUGAUACUUUUGAAAGCUAUGAAUUGUGGGACAGAGAUCCUAUGUAUUACUAUGGUGGAAAGAGACCUCAAUCCAGACUGAACAAAUCUCGGAGUAGAAGCAGCAGCCGGCAACAGCAUCCCAGUGGAAAAGCUGUCGGACACCCGAGAGGUGUUUUCACACCCAGCCCUAGUUUUGGCAGGCAGGAAGAGGAUCCCCGAAGUGGGACCGAGCGAGACCAGGCAGAUCUGCCCACCAAAGAAGGAGGGAUUUUGGAAGCCGUCAAGGAGUUUGCCCUGAAUGUCACGACGGCGCACGCCAUCCCUAACGUAUUCAAGGCCUCGACUGUGCUCGGGCGAUUCUUAUGGUCUGUCAUAUUCACUGUAGCCCUUGGAGUUUUCAUCUGGCAGGCAAGCGUACUGGUGCGAAGAUAUGCGCUGUUUCCUGUCAACGUUGAGAUUGAGAUAGUCACCCGAUCAGAACUGGAGUUCCCGGCGGUGACCAUUUGCAACACCAACAAGGUUCGGCGUUCGGCCAUCAUGGAGUCACGGUACAAAGAGGCGUUAGUCGUCGACGACGGGGUGACACUGCCCUAUUAUGGGCCCUGUAUCGAAGGGGACUUCAGUUGCGCGUCCUAUGGCCUGUGCUUGAAACAAUUCUUGCGAUGCGACGGAAUAAACCACUGUGGCGACUUCAGCGACGAAAUUGACUGCACGUAUGCGGAAUGUUCUUCCAACGAGUUUUCCUGCUCCAACGGCAGCAGCGUGGGACCCUGCAUCAGUUCGUCGCUGAUUUGCGACCGCAAGAGAGACUGCUACGAUGGAGAUGACGAGACAGGCUGCCCUUGUAAGAGUAACGAGUUCCAGUGUAUUAGAGGAGGGUGCGUCCGCAAGAUUUUGGUCUGUGAUAACAACACGGACUGCGUGGACAACAGCGAUGAAGAAAACUGCGUUUAUGACAGCGAGUGCACAGGGCUCUUCCGCUGCAGUGUGGACUCUUCUUGCAUUCCCUUGGGUUAUGUCUGCGACAGAUCAAAUGACUGUUCCGACGGCGAAGACGAAACUGUGGAAGCAUGUGCUUCUGUCACCACACCACCUCCCGCAACCUCGCCCUGUCCCCAGAACCAGUUCUACUGUAGUGAUGGCAGUUGUAUAGAAGAGGCAUGGGUGUGUGAUGACCAAGUGGACUGUGCUGACGGCGCCGAUGAAAUACCACCGAAUUGUGAACGAGGCAGUGAGAUAUACGGUUUGGCACGUUGCAGCGUGGUAGAGUGGUCAUGUGGCAACCAGUGGCAGUGCAUCGAUCAGGUCGACCGUUGCAACCUGUCCCCAGACUGCUACAGCGAAGCGCAAGUUGCAGACGACGAGUACAACUGCACCUGCUUAUUGCAAAGUGCGGUACCAUCUUCAUCCCAGAAGGUGACCUGCGUAGGAAUGACGGUUAGCGAUGCCAGCGUCGGCUUUCCAACGGUGGAUACAACAAAAUUUCAAGGUAUGAGUUGUUACAGCCGCCUCCUGGGGAAUGUCCAGCCCAACCCCGUCCACGGCUGGAGGGAAUACGUCUGCCGUGGUCAAGUUGUUUGUGCAAAUGCGGCUAAUGAUUUUCCAGAGCCAUGUGAAGUUUUUCACGAGUGCUACAUUGCAAUGAAUGCUCAAGACUACCGGGGACGGAUAGGCCGCACCAGCAGCUCAGUUGAGUGCCAGGACUGGAGCAGCAAUGUUUCCGUUAGCGUGGGCUUCUCUCGUGACGUCUACCCCGAGUUGUUAGGGCCGGUCUGCCGUAAUCCUGGCGGCAGUCGCAGUCGUGCCUGGUGUUUUACGGCAGGGGCAGACACCACAGAUGACUGGGAGUUCUGUGAUAUCGGACCACCAUCAUCAACCUGUCACCCUGGUGUGGAGCUUCCGGUCCGCCUCGCCGGCUUAGCCUCGCCCUCGGAGGGGAGGGUGGAGGUACAGCACAAGGGGGAGUGGGGUACAGUCUCGGACACUGACUGGACGCAGGAGGAUGCUGAUGUGGUCUGCAGGCAGCUGGGAUUUACCGAGGCAUCAGGACGAGGCACUUUGGCGGCCAGUACAGGCAGCGUCUUCAUAUCACAAGUCAAGUGCACUGGGUAUGAGUCCUACCUUGUGGAUUGUCAGUACCAUGUCGUCAUGCCAUCGGAGGGCCUCAGCCACGACACGGAUGUCAGCGUCACUUGCUCUGGGGCGAGGCAGAAGAGACAAGCAGAUGAGAAAGAUGUCAUUCCAACGUCUGUAGCAGGGAACUGCUCAAAGACUGAGUACCCUUGCAGUAGCGGGGAAUGUAUCCCUCUUUGGCAAACGUGUAACAACUUCCCAGACUGUGAAGACGGCAGCGAUGAAUAUUCCUUCUUGGGAUGCGAGGACCCCGUGAACAAGUGUUCUGUGUUUACUAAAGCCUGCCGUGAAAGCAGCAAAUGUAUCCCUCGCACGUUUGAAUGCGAUAACUAUGCUGACUGCACUGACGGCAGUGACGAAGAGUACUGUAAUGAUCCCAACGAGUCCUGCCCUCCGGGUUAUUUUCAGUGCUCCAACGGCAAGUGCAUUCACACCUUCCGUGUUUGCGAUACCGUCCUGGACUGUAAUCAGGGAGAGGACGAAGGAGGAGACUGUUACUACGCGUCCUCUGAUAAUGGAAGGUUGAAUCCCUUUGAGAUGGAAGACUGGAAAGAUCCCUUUCUACCCUUCAUCCCAGAAAACUAUCAAGAGGAAUUCCUCUCCAGCUUCAGGGAGUACUUCUACACCCCUCGCCCCUUCAGCAGAGUGCGGAGCGAGGACCCACCAGACUGGAGCCGAUUCGUGACCUUCAGUGAGCAGCCAGACUACAGUGAUCUGAGCGAGGUGUUGAAACUGACAGAGGGAGAGAUUGCCCAGCACGGCCACCAGUUUGAGGAUUUGGUCCUGCAGUGCUCCUUUGACAGCACCCCCUGCCACAGGGGCCACACGAUUUUUCAUCAGAUCCAGAACGAAAAGUAUGGCAACUGCUACAUCUUCAAUUACAAGGGAAGCCCAGAAAGUACUGUGCGGAACUCUUCAAGGACUGGUGAACAGUCAGGGCUCGCACUCACUCUAUUCAUCGAGCAGGAUGAGUACUUGAGUCUUUACGGUCGGGAGGCCGGAGUCCGCGUCACUAUCACCCAGCCCAACGUCGCCCCCUUGCCAGAGGAUGAAGGCAUCAACUUGUCACCAGGAGCUGUCACCUCCAUCGGGCUCGUACAUCGUGUAAUCAGUCGAAAGCCACAUCCGUUUGGCCGAUGUCAAGUCAACAAGACCACGGUGUCUGAGAUUGUGGAUGGCAAGAUAGUGCAGGUUGAGACUGACAACUACAAUCGCAGGCACUGCCGUCGGGUUUGUGUCCUCAAAAACAUCCUUCAGAUUUGUGGCUGCUCUGAUUCCAUGGAACUUGAUGGAGAGAGAUGCAAAUUAUUGAAUGCAACACAAGAUCUUUGCAAGCAGAUGGUGUAUUACCUCCACGCCUACGACUUGCUGAAUUGCUCCUGUGGUUUUCAGUGCAUUGACCGGCUGUACUCGGCCACAGUGUCACAGGCAUCUUGGCCUUCAGAUGCUUUUAGGCAACACCUCCUGCGUAACAUCUACAAUAUCAACCCCAAAACCAAAAAAAUCAGGUCAGCGGAAGAAAUAAGAAAAAACCUGGUACGAUUGAAGAUAUUUUAUGAAGAGCUGAAUUACCAGGAGACGCGAGAAGUCGAGGGUUACUCGGGGACCAGCCUGUUCGGUGACAUCGGUGGCAUCGCUGGCCUCUACAUCGGCUGCUCCAUCAUCACCUUCAUUGAGCUCUUCGAGUUCAUUGCGUACCUGAUCCGCAGGCGUUGCUGCGGCUCAGCCAGGGCAUGAACUGCAGGCCCAGUCCCAGAUCUGAGACCGUGACUGGGCUGGGGUGUUGAGGAGAAGGGGAUUCGUCAUGCGCCAAAGUGGAGCUUUUUGCCAGAGCAGAACGAGGAGCUUCUACCGUAGCUCGCACUUCUGCCCAGUUGAUGGAGACGUCAUUUGGCAUACCCCUCUCUCUUUUUAUUAAACAAUAAUCAUUUAAUUCAGGGGUUAUACUGUUUUUUAGCUAAAAUUAUUUCCUGACUGAUGAACUGUCCAAAAAAUCCACAAGUGAAAGCCGCUAUCUCGGGCCUGAACUGAAAUAACCUUUUCAUCUCAAAUUCUAGUGAAAUUGUUAACACACCUCAUAGAGUGAGAGGGUUAAAUCUUAUACCCUAGCAGGUUACUGUACUUUUUCUUUCCCUGGUGGUAUUUCAGUGACUGCUUAAAUUACAGGAGCUUUUAUGAGGUGAAAUAUAACCCAUUGUAUUAUUCACAUCUGCAGUAUUCUUUCAACCGGCAAUAUUUUAGCCAUUAGUGCCACUACUGAUAAAUACUAUAAUGGUUUAUUGACAUACAUGUUUUUUUGACAAUUUAGGGAACUUAUUCUGGUACUUCGCGCACAGACAUUGUGUACCAGUGUUGCAUUAGGUUCCAUCACAAGUCCCUUCGCAAGUUCAGUCACAAGUCCCUUAACAAGUUCAGUCGAAAGUCCCUUCAUAAGGCCAGUCAUAAGUAACAGGAAGAUCAAAGACCAAAGAAUGCUUUUGUCACAGUUCAUUUGAUUAGCU